GCCCCGUCGGCUCCUCCCAGCACGUGGCCCUGCAGGUGGCCCAGAAGUCCUGGACCGGGCUGGAGGAGCAGCGGGGGGCCGGAGCGCUCCCGUCCACCAGGCCCUGGGUUCCAGCCCCAGCCCCCCAGAAGAGAAAAGGGAACAUCUGACGACUAAGUGAUUGCGGAAAAGAAGCGCUCCUGUACUAGCUUGGAGGCUAAGCAUGGGGAAGAGCUGCAAGGUGGUCGUGUGUGGCCAGGCGUCGGUGGGGAAAACUUCCAUCCUCGAACAACUCCUGUACGGGAACCAUGUAGUGGGUUCUGAGAUGAUCGAGACCCAGGAGGACAUCUACGUGGGCUCCAUUGAGACGGACAGGGGCGUGAGGGAGCAGGUGCGUUUCUACGACACCCGAGGGCUCCGGGAUGGGACCGAGCUGCCCCGGCACUGCUUCUCCUGCACCGAUGGCUACGUCCUGGUCUACAGCACAGACAGCCGAGAGUCCUUCCAGCGCGUGGAGCUGCUGAAGAAGGAGAUCGACAAGUCCAAGGACAAGAAGGAGGUCACCAUUGUGGUCCUGGGCAACAAAUGUGACCUUCAGGAGCAGCGGCGUGUGGACCCGGAUGUGGCUCAGCACUGGGCCAAGUCGGAGAAGGUGAAGCUGUGGGAGGUGUCGGUGGCCGACCGCCGCUCCCUGCUGGAGCCCUUCGUCUACCUGGCCAGCAAGAUGACGCAGCCCCAGAGCAAGUCCGCCUUCCCACUCAGCCGCAAGAACAAGGCCAGUGGCUCCCUGGACGGCUGAAGAGCUGCCGUCUGCCCGGCCUUCCGGCCCCGCUGAGCUCCUUGGGAGCGAGGGGGAGCCCACUGGGCCGGGCAGCUGAGCUGUCCCAGGCACUGUGUCCCCUCUCAACCCCAGCAAAUGCAGAGAGUCUUCGUCAGCGCCCCUCCCCCCAGCACCCUGUACUCCCUCCCAGCUGACGUCCUGUCUUCACGGUUGCCUGGGGCAACGCCCCUUCCGGCCCCCGGACAGGAAGAGGAGCUACCAUGCCACAAGUGCCCGAUCUAGGGUCCGAGGCCUUUUUGAUUUUGAGACAGUGUCUCACUAAGGUGCCCAGGCUGCCUUCAAACUUGGAUCCUCCUGCCUCAGCCUCCCGAGUAGGUGGGGUUACAGGUGUGUGCCACCACGCCUGGCUAGCAACUGGUUCCUCUGACAGGGUUACCAGUCUUCUGAGCUUCCUGCCAGUUACACGCGUGUGCGAGAACUCUAACUCACUCUCUCUCUCUCUCUCUCUCCCCUCUCUCUCUCUCUCUCUCUCUCUCUC